AUGGGUGCACCAACUCUCUUCAAUGAUAAAAAACAUCUGGGAAUGUUUUCUCUCAUUUGGCUAGAUCAAAAUGCUAAUCUUAGUCAAGAUAUUGAGCAAUCAUCGGAACAGAAUCGUUUAAUUCUUAUUGUUAAUGAUGAAUUUGGAAAAAUCAUAAAUCAUUUUCAAUCAAGAACACGAUUAAAUAUUCCAUUUUUAUUUUUACAAAUAUUUCUUGAUUCUCUUCUUAAAUUAAAAUCAAAUGAAAAUGAUGAAAAUAAUUUAAUUUAUUAUCUUCAACAUGAAUAUCAAAAUAAUCCAAAUGAAUUAAAUAAUAUUCAAGAAUUUAAAGAAAAUUAUUUAUCUAAUAAAGUUUUAUGGUGGUAUAAGAAAAGAGAUUUCUUUUUUUCUUCAAUAUUAAAUGCUUCGUUAAAAACUGAAAAUCUUUCAAUGAUGUUUUUAUUUCGUUCAUUUCUAUUUGAUAUACAAGAGCAACUAAGAAAAUAUCAAUCAAAACAACGUUUGAAAGUCUAUCGAAUUAUUUAUCAAUUAAUUCAUUUUUAUCUACAACUAUUUUUAUCUACAACUACAAGUUAUACCACAGCAUGUUCACUUAUUGAUCAAAUGGAUAUUGGUUCUCAAUCUAGGAAAGUUAUUUUUGAAAUCGAUGCUGAUCCAAAUAUUGUAACAAGUAAACCAUUUAGUGAUAUAAGGAAAAUUUUAUCUAAAAUGGGUAAAAAUGAUUUAGCUGAAAAAUAUUUUCAACGUUUGAUUGAACAACUAUCAACAAAUGAUCCAUUAUUUGCCAAUCUAUAUGAAGAUCUUAGUCAAGAGAAAGGUUUGAAAGAAGGAAUAGUCGUUGCUGGUGGUCCAGAUGCUUUAAUUAAAACGGAUUAUGCAGAAGGACUAUCUGUGAAUCAUUUAGGUGAAAUUUUUGUAGCUGAUAAUGGUGAUCGUAAAAUAACAUGUUGGUCACCACAAUCGAAAAAUGUUCGUGUUAUUGUGGGUGCAAAUGGUAAAGGAUAUCAACCAAAUCAACUCAAUUGGCCGAAAGGAAUAACAUUCGAUCGUCAAAAUAAUUUAUAUGUUGCUGAUAGUUUCAAUCAUCGAGUUCAAAGAUUUGAAAUUGAUAAUAGUUAA